AUGUACCAAUAUGUAAGAGACCUUUUGAAUGGGGCAAACACGCCCGAAAUCAAAAAUGACCCCUAUCGUUUGAGGGCUCAAAGACAAGAUUAUGUUCUAUAUUUGGAAAUUAUUACAUACAAUGGAACUGUUCACCCAUAUGCAGCCCAAAUGGUAACUCAAAUGCCACAGGUUCUAACUGUUCGUGAUGUUCUAGUCGAAUUUGAUUUGUCAUUGAGCCACUAUUAUAGCGAUGUGGUCAACAGUGCCAAACCAUCAACCCUUCCACCACUAGAAUUGGUUUAUAGUAGUAUAGAUGAAGGGUCUGAAUUGGUUAAUAUUAGAAUGGAUCCAUUAGUCACCAACCCUCCCACCAUUGCACCACAACCAUCAACUCAACCUGUUCAAGACUCUACAAAACCACCAAAAGUUACACUUUCACCCAAAGAAAAUGAUCAAAGAUAUAAUUAG